AAAUGGGUACCAAUCAAGCAGCAGUCUCCUUCUUGACCAAUUUAGCACGCGCCGCCUUAGGCCUUGGCGCCUCCGCCACCAUCCUCAACUCCGCCCUCUACACCGUCGAUGGUGGCCAGCGCGCCGUUCUCUUCGACCGUUUCCGUGGAGUCAUUGACGAUACCGUCGGCGAAGGUACUCAUUUCCUCAUUCCCUGGCUCCAACAACCUUACAUCUUCGAUAUCCGUACCAAGCCCCAUACUUUCUCUUCCAUAUCUGGUACCAAAGAUCUCCAGAUGGUCAACCUAACCCUACGUGUCCUGUCUCGCCCUCAAGUCAACAAACUGCCUUCCAUUUUCAAAACCCUUGGUCUUGAGUACGAUGAGAAGGUUCUUCCCUCUAUUGGGAAUGAAGUCUUGAAGGCUGUUGUUGCUCAAUUUAACGCCGAUCAGCUCCUCACCGAGCGUCCUCAUGUCUCGGCCUUGGUUCGUGACAGCUUGAUCCGCAGGGCUAAGGAUUUCAACAUUGUGCUGGAUGAUGUAGCCAUCACUCACCUGUCUUAUGGUGCCGAGUUCUCUAAGGCCGUUGAGCAGAAGCAGGUGGCACAGCAAGAGGCUGAGAGGUCUAAGUUUGUCGUUGCUAAGGCGGAGCAGGAGAGGCGCGCUGCAAUCAUUAGGGCUGAAGGAGAGAGUGAAUCUGCUAAAUUGAUAUCUGAUGCAACGGCUGCAGCUGGAAUGGGCUUGAUCGAGCUUAGGAGAAUCGAAGCAUCAAGGGAGAUCUCUUCCACACUUGCUAGGAGUAACAAUGUCAUGUACCUUCCCAACACCGGGAGCCAGAUGCUUCUAGGCCUUAAUCCUUCGCGCUAAAUUGGAGGUGUUUGAUUUCAAGGCCGGAUUCAUGUUUAAAGCUCGGAAUCGGUCUCUUGUAGAAGUUGGUACAUUUCUAUUUUGUUGAUUCUGAAAUGUGGAAGGAAUGAAUGGCAACUUACUUGUACUCUCAAAAUUUGUUUGCAAAGUUGGGUGAGGAUAUUAUACGGCUUUGGAUUCAUAAU